CGGGACCACUUCGCAGAUUCAGCUAGCUCACCCGGCGGACCCCAGCGGGCGCCCCAGCAAGCACGACCUAGAUCCGAACCUAAGACACCUCUUCACGGACCGGGCAGACAGGACAGGUAUAGCAGAAAGGGGCCCCAGAGAUCAUGGGGACCCUAACGGAGCCAUCAGUGCCAAGCAAGCGGGAUCCCCGAGCCUAAAAAGUGGACGGCAAGAGCUGCUAGGGCCAUGACUUCGGUGUGGAAGCGCCUGCAGCGGGUGGGCAAGAGAGCCGCCAAGUUCCAGUUUGUGGCUUGUUACCAUGAACUGGUGUUGGAGUGCACCAAGAAAUGGCAGCCAGACAAACUGGUAGUGGUAUGGACUCGUCGGAACCGACGCAUUUGCUCCAAGGCCCACAGCUGGCAGCCUGGCAUCCAGAACCCAUACCGUGGCACUGUAGUGUGGAUGGUCCCUGAGAACGUGGACAUCUCUGUGACCUUGUACAGGGACCCUCAUGUGGACCAGUAUGAAGCUAAAGAGUGGACUUUUAUCAUUGAAAACGAGUCCAAGGGACAGCGGAAGGUACUGGCCACAGUUGAUGUGGACCUGGCCCGUCACGCAGGGCCUGUGCCUGCUCAGGUUCCACUUCGACUGCGACUGAAGCCCAAAUCUGUGAAGGUAGUGCAUGCUGAGCUGAGCCUCACCCUUUCUGGGGUGCUGCUGCGUGAGGGCCGUGCCACGGAUGAUGACAUGCAGAGUCUGGCCAGCCUCAUGAGUGUGAAGCCUAGUGAUGUGGGCAACUUGGAUGACUUUGCUGAGAGCGAUGAAGAUGAAUCUAAUGGCCCUGGGGCUCCUGAGGUCCGGGCACGAGGCCCCCAGUCAGGCCGGGGCUGUGCCCUGAGGCUGGGACGUUUCCCAGAUCUCUCUCGAGAGCUGAAGACACUGUGUGAAGAAGAUGAUGAAGGCCACGCACGGCCCCAGCAGGCAGCUGCCAGACCCUGUAGUGCUCAAGAAGCCAGCCCUGCCCCUGUGAGUGCCCCUGCGCCCCCGGCCAGGGCCUCCCGGGGCCAGGGGUCAGAACCAGCUGCUGUAGCCGGGGGCCAGGUGGGGCCUGAAACCCCAAGGCCCCCACAAUCCCCAGCAGAGACAAGGUCCACCAGGCAGCCAGGCCAAGACAUGGUCCCGACCCCAGCCCCUCGGCUCCGGAAAGGCUCUGAUGUAUCCCAGUCCUCAGUCCCCUACAGGGGGGAUAAGGACCCCAAUACCUCAGAGGAUCCUCCAAUAGGAGUGGGUUCUUCUGGGGAGCCCCAGGCCCAGAUAAGCUCCCAGGGAGGGACAGAGGGCCAUGGAGCUGAGCCAGAGCCAGACACUGAGGGCAGAGGCUCUGGGGAUGCCCUAGGAGGAGAAAGAUCUGAAGUUGAAGAGGGGGACACUGGGAACAGGCAAGACGCUAGUGGGGCAGGAGAGGCUGAAGAGGGUUCAAAACUUCAUCAAGUAGAUGCAGAACAGAGGUCACAGGUACAUGUAGCCAUGGAGGGGCUAGAGGCUGCAGGGCUGGUGCCUAAGGCAAGACUCUGGGAAACGCCUGAGGCUCCUCCAAGGAGUGUUCAGAGGAGGAUGGGGGUAAGGACCCUAGAAGAGGCUCCCAGUGACCUGACCCAACCUCCAGCUGAGCCUGAAGGGCAUGUAGGGCCCCUCAGGGAUGCCACACCUGCAGGCCAGGAGAGAGAAAGCAUAGAGGUCAGGGGCAGAGCCCCUGUUAGUGGGAGGACAGGCCUGGAGCAGGGCCCCUCUGCUGGAGCAGCAAGCUUUGGGGACCAGGCAAGCAGCUUUCAGAAAGUCCCAUUAGUUGGCCAGAAGGUAGUAUUUGCAGAUCUGAGGGCCCAGGAGGCAGAGGUUGGGGAGCCAAGGGUUCUGGAAAAAGAGAUUGAGUGGGUGCCAGAGAAGGUUAUAGGGAUGCCAAAUACAGAUGUUGGGAGAUCUGAGUCCCCAGAAAUAGAGACUGGGACAGCAGAAUCUGAAGUAUUGGAGGCACCAGGGUCAGAAGCAGCAAGAUCAGAGGUCCUGGAGCCAGAGGCUACUGGAGCAGCACAGUCUGAGGUACUGAGGACCCAGGAUAAAGAGAUUGGGGUUCUGGGGAUGCUGAGGACAGGGGUUGAGAUAAGGGAGUCUAAGGAAUUUAGGAUCCAGGAAACAGAUGGAGAUUUUAUGGUUCUAGGUACCAAGACAGUGACAGCAGAAACUAAGAUAUUGGAAGUCCAGGAGGUCACAGAUGGGGGAGCGGAUGUACUGAAGGUAGAGGCUGAGAUACUGGGAACCCCAAAGACAGUGGCUAGGGAGGCAGAAACUGGAACACUGGAGACCCAGAAGGUGGCAGCUGAGGGCUCAGAGGGUCCAAAGGUGGAGGCAGAGAUGGCAAAGUCUGAUGUAUUGGGAAUGCAGGAGACAGAGAUGGGAACUUGGAGUAUUCCAAAGACAGGGACUGAAGCAACAGUAACUGAGAUAUUGGGGAUCCACAAAAUAGCAUUUGAGGGUUCAGGGCCCCCACAGAUACAAUCUAGAAUGGUAGGGUCCCAAGAGACAGAGAUGGGAGGUUCAGAUGUUUCAGUGAUAGAGACAGCAGAAGAUGGUAUACUGGGAAUGCAGGAGACAUCAGCAGCAGGUCAUGGAGUACUUUGGAUAGAAGCCAAGAGACCAGAAUCCAAGGUUAAAGGGUCCCUGGAGAUAGAAGAAGGAGACUUGGGGAUUCUAGAGGUAGACCCUGGACCAGUGGAAGCCAAGAUAUUAGAGGCCCCAGAGAUAGCAGCUGGAGUUUUUGAGGUGUUGGGAAUAGGAACUGGGGAGGCCAGGGUCAUGGAAACAGAGGCUGGCUCUUCAGAAGUUCCAGAGACAGAAGCCAAAGAGGCUGAGAUACUGGAGGGCAAGGAGCUAUCUGGAGGUUCUGUGGCCCUGAGAAUAAUGGCAGAGAUAACGGAAUCUAAGAUGUUAGGGGUCCAGAAGACAGAGGUGGGAGGUCCUGAGCUGUCACAGACAGAGGUUGGAGGGGCAGAGGGGACCCAGAAAAUAGCAUCUGAGGGUUCAGGAAUUCCAGGGAUGGAAGCUAAGAUGGAAGAGUCUGAGAUCUUGAUGUCCCAGGAGAAAGAAAUGAAGAUUUGUAAGAUCCCAGAGGUAGAAACAGAAACAGUGGAUGCUGAGUUAUUUGGGACACAGAGGGCAGAAAUAAGUUUAGAGACCCCAGAGUUAGAAACUGAGACAGUAACAUCUCAGAUUCUGGAGCCCCAAGAGACAGAAGUAAGGGAGUCAGGGCUUCUGGGAACAGAGAGUGAGGUAGCAGAAGCUGAGGUGCUGGAAGCCCAGAAAAUAGAGGUCAAGGUAGCCAGGGCCCAAGAAAUAGAAGCUAGGAAUUCUGUGAUCUCCAGGCCAAAGGCUGGAACAGCAGAGGCUGAGGUACUGAGGGCCCAAUGGACAGAAUCUAUAGUUUUGGAGUCUGAGAACGCAAAGGCUGACCCUUUGGGGGUCCAGGAUCCUGGAGCUCAAGGGACUCUCAAGUAUGAGGUCUUAGGAGUUGCAGUGACUAAGCAAAGAGUUUCUGGAGUCGAGGGUAUGGCACCAGAGGUGUCCAGGGUACAAGAGACAGAAAGUAAAGUUUUGGGGACAAUAGAGGCAGAGUCUUGGACUGUGGGGCCACAGGAGGCAGAGAGGGAGGGGUUUGAGUCUCCAAAGAAUAAAUCUGAUAUUUUUGAGGCCCAGGAAACAGAAUCUGGGGUCUUGGGAACGGUGAAGGGAAAAGACGCUGACGAAAGCCGGGAAGAGGCCAGCCUGACUAAGACACAGGUGGUCAGUGGGGCAGGGGCUGGGGUACCCAGGCCCUCGGGGGCCUCUUCCCCAGAGGCGCCUGAAGAGGACAGGAGGCUGCCGGGCAGCCAGGCACCACCUGCCCUGGUCAGCUCUAGCCAGUCCCUGCUGGAGUGGUGCCAAGAGGUCACCAAUGGCUACCGUGGUGUCUGCAUCACCAAUUUCACCACAUCCUGGCGCAAUGGACUGGCCUUCUGUGCUAUUUUACAUCGAUUCUACCCAGACAAGAUUGACUAUUUUUCCCUUGACCCACUCAACAUCAAACAGAACAACAAACAGGCUUUUGAUGGCUUCGCUGCCCUGGGCGUGUCUCGGUUGCUGGAGCCAGCGGACAUGGUGCUUCUGUCCGUACCUGACAAGCUCAUCGUCAUGACCUACCUGUGCCAGAUCCGAGCUUUCUGUACCGGACAGGAACUUCAGCUAGUGCAGCUGGAGGGCGGUGGUGGCUCUGGCACUUACCGCGUGGGUAACGCCCAGCCUAGCCUGCCCGACGGCCUGGACGCAGGAGACCUGGCGCAGAGGCUACGCCAGCAUGGGGCUGAAGCGCCCACAGAGCCCAAGCAGGCUGUGAACCCCGCGGCUGGGGCGGUGCCCAAAGUGGCUUCUAGGGACAGGGACCUGGGCUAUGCCUCCAAGGAUGGGGAGGCUGAGGCUGCCCAGGAAGCAGUUCCCCCAGAGGUGCCCUCUGAAGGCCCCAGAGCCCGGUCAUCCACAUCCCCCGUGGCCUCCACAGAGGGCCUGGUAAACGGAGUGGGGGCACCAGGUGGUAUGAGUGGUGUGAGACUGAGACGGUCCUCGGUCAAUGGGGAAGCAGGGCCGGUACCCCCACCCCGCGCACAUGGCUCUUUCUCCCACGUGCGUGAUGCUGAUUUGUUAAAGAAGAGGCGAUCCAGGCUACGGAACAGCAACUCCUUUUCUGUGGAUGACCCGGACUCUGGAGCAGCAGUCGGCGCAGGACCUGCAGGAGCUGGGGCUGUGGAAGGGCCAAGCCCUGACUCCAGCCUUGACUCAGGCCCACGCACAGCCCCAACCCCGAAGCAGCCUUCUGGUGGGAACCCUCCUUCAGAGGAGCCACCCCCCAGUCCAGGAGAAGAGGCUGGCCUGCAACGAUUCCAGGACACAAGUCAGUACGUGUACGCCGAGCUCCAGGCCCUGGAACAGGAGCAAGGGCAGAUAGAUGGGCGGGCUGCUGAGGUGGAGACACAGCUGAGGAGCCUCAUGGAGUCAGGUGCCAACAGGCUGCAGGAGGAGGUGCUGAUUGAGGAGUGGUUCACCCUGGUCAACAAGAAGAAUGCCCUCAUCCGGAGGCAGGACCAGCUGCAGCUUCUCAUCGAGGAACAGGACUUGGAGCGGAGGUUUGAAUUACUGAGCCGGGAACUGCGGGCCAUGUUGGCCAUUGAGGAGUGGCAGAAAACCGCUGCACAGCAGCACCGAGAGCAGCUCCUUUUGGAGGAGCUAGUAUCACUGGUGAAUCAGAGGGACGAGCUGGUCCGAGAUCUGGACCAGAAGGAGCGAAUUGCUCUAGAAGAAGAUGAGCGCCUGGAACGCGGCCUGGAGCAGCGACGUCGCAAGGUGAGCCGGCAGCUGAGCAGGCGGGAACGCUGCUCGCUGAGCUGAGCCUCCUGCCUGGUUCUCGCCCUUCUUUUCUCUGGUCACGGGACCCCUCCUCGCCAGUCCCCCUGCCUGCACAGCAGAGGACAACCCCCCGCCCCCCAUGCUCCAUCAGCGAGCAGAAGCAGGGGGGACCCGGACCUGCCCACUGGAGCAUUUGAGCCUGCCAAGCAGUAUUUAUUUCUCCGAGUGUGUGUGAAUGUUUUGGCAGCGGCCAGGAUUCUAGGGGCGCUGCAGAGAACUCUUCUCCUGUGUCUACAAAGCCAUGGCUUGGGAACUGCCACCUACAUCCUCCUUCCCUUCUGUGUCUGGAGCAAUAAAGUUUGACUAGGACAAA